AUGCCUAAGGUCGUGUCUAGGAGCGUGGUGUGCUCGGACACCAGGGACAGAGAGGAGUACGACGACGGAGAGAAGCCUCUUCAUGUCUACUACUGCCUGUGCGGCCAGAUGGUUUUGGUUCUGGACUGUCAGCUGGAAAAGCUGCCCAUGAGGCCCCGGGACCGAGCCAGAGUGAUUGAUGCGGCCAAACACGCUCACAAGUUCUGCAACGUGGAGGCGGACGAGAACACGUACAUCAAGAGGCCGGAUGGCAUCGAAAGGCAGUACCGCAAGAAGUGCGGGAAGUGCGGCCUGCUGCUGUUCUACCAGCACCAGGACAAAAACAGCCCGGGCACCUUCAUUGUGGACGAAGCCGUCGUGAAGUUCGGCCAGGGCUUUGGCAACACCAGCGUCUACAGCCAGAAGCAGCCAGAGGCUCCCAAAAAGGUUCGCGUGAUGAUGACCAAGAGGACCAAAGACAUGGGCAAGUUCAGCUCCGUCACCGUGUCCACCAUCGACGAGGAGGAGGAGGAGAUCGAGGCCAGAGAGGUGGCGGACUCGUACGCCCAGAAUGCAAAGGUGAUUGAGAAGCAGCUGGAGAGGAAGGGCAUGAGCAAGAGGAGGCUGCAGGAGCUGGCCGAGCUGGAGGCCAAAAAGGCAAAAAUGAAGGGAACCCUUAUCGAUAACCAGUUCAAAUAG